GCUCGAGGUCAAUCAAAUGUUGCGCUUGGAGUUGCUCCUUGAUCCUCAUUACACCAUAUGCCUCUUCCUCGCACACCGUGAAGACUGCGCUCUCUCUCUCUCUCCCUCCCCGCUACGUGCAGGCGAUGGACUGCGGCCAGCAGCUCUACAGCUCUACGACGCUGUGUUGGUGACGGUGACACAGAGAGCCAGUCCUCGUCUUGGGGCUGCGAGAAUGAAGGGUCAGAGAGGAAUCAUCAGAGGUGUCGCUGCUCAGACUCGUCGUGCGACCACGACGGGCACGGCACUUGACAGAUCCACUCAGCACGUUGCGCGCCUCCAUUCCAUUGUACAACCAGCAGGGUCAUGCAAUUCGAGCAAUCCUUCACUGCAAGCACGCUGUAUCGCCAUCGACACCACCAACAGCGCACGUGCACGCGCACUUGCACGUAUCGAGCGUCGAGUGUCAGCCUCGCAGGUCGCAUCUCUCACCUCGAUCGAAUCCCAUUCACACAAGUCCACACCGCCGCGUGCGACGUCGAGGGAGGGAUGGCAGGAAGAGUGGACAUGGGAGCCCGUGAUAGGCGUCGAAGUGCACGCUCAGCUCGCAUCCAGGCAAAAGCUCUUUUCGCCAGCAAGUCUAACAUCCAACACCUCUGCAAAGCCCAACACGCUCGUAUCCCCCUUCGACGCUUCUUUGCCCGGCACCCUACCCCGUCUAUCCACUUCCACCCUCAACUUGGCUAUCAGAGCUGCGCUCGCGCUGGGCUGCCACAUCAACCUGAAAAGCGGAUGGGAUAGGAAACACUACUUUUAUCCUGAUCUUACAACCGGAUGGCAAAUCACGCAAAAGUACGCGCCAUUUGCCUCUGAUGGAAGUAUCUCGCUAUCCGCUAGCGAUAUCGAUGGUCACAGACCCAAACGCAAGGAUGAGCCUCUCUCUUUGCCCGCAGAAGAAACGCGCAACAUCCGCAUCGAGCGAGUGCAGCUGGAGCAAGACACAUCCAAAUCCUUUCACAGCAUAGACGGCAGCACCAACUCCCCUCAAGUGCUGAUAGAUCUCAACCGCAUGGGAUCUCCGCUGAUAGAGAUUGUGGGCCUGCCGGAUCUGAAGAGCGCAAAGGAGGCUGCUGGGUAUGUUAGGAAGGUGCAGCAGGUGCUUAGAGCUGUUGGAGCUUCGAACGCCAAUAUGGACGAAGGAAGCUUGAGAUGCGACGUCAAUGUGUCUGUCAGCAAGCGUCGAAGGAGGUCCGAAAGCUCGGCGUCUGGAACAGAAGGGCAGGCAGCAGAGGAGAUGGUCGGAGGAACUCGAUGCGAGAUAAAGAAUCUGAAUUCGGCCAGAUUCGUGGCUAUAGCCAUUGACUACGAGAUUGCGCGUCAAAUCUCCAUCCUGCAAAGCGGAAGUUCGGUGUCGCAGGAUACGAUGGGAUUCGAUGAGGCGACGGGAAAGACGUACGUGAUGAGGUCCAAAUCGGACGCGCCAGAGUACAGGUACAUGCCGGAUCCUUCAUUGCCCGAUCUGGUUCUGCGCCAAGAGGACGUGAGGGGGAUAGAGGAGGAUGCUGCGGAGCUGCCUGCCGAGAGGAGGCAGAGACUUUUGAAAAGGUUUGCGGGAUGUGGUGUGGGAGAGAGGGAGGUGGAUGUGCUUUGUAGGAUGGACGAGGAGAUGGCUUUUCAAAGGGAGAAUGAGAGAGCAUUGAGGUGGGGUGCCUCGGGGAAGCAAAUAGAGGAAGAACAAGCCUACCUCGACCCUGUGCAAUACUUUGAAAAGGUGGUGACUGGAAAGGAGCAGCACGAUGGCAGGACCCUGGAAUUUAACGAUGCGGACCGCGCAAUCGACGAGCGCUUUGCGAGGGAUCCGAAAGUGGUGAUGAAUUGGCUGAUCAAUGAUGUCGCUCAAGCUCUCAAACAAUCCUCAGGACAAUCCGCAGUCACCUGCACCUGCACCACCACCACCUCCUCCUUUGGUCGCUUUCAAAAGCUCUUUCCUCAUGAAGCUUUUGGCGAGAUGCUGGAUCUGGUCAAGCAGAAAAAGCUGACGAGCACAUCUGCUCGGAAAUUUCUUCGGGAUGUGGUCGAUGGCGAUGUGCGGCUGGAUCAAGUCUCGUCCUCCUCCUCCUCCGAUAGGAUAUACGAGUUGUUGAAAGAAGCAGGAAUGCUCGCAUUGAGCGCUUCCCUUGCCCACGACGGUGAUUCCGUCGUCGGUGCCGGUACCGCUGGGCAUGCCACUUCGCCGCAGCACCGGCGGUCCGAAUCGACGACGAAGCAAGACCCUACGCCGCUGCUCGCCAUCGUGCAGCAAGUCGUUCGCCACUCGCCCGACGAGGUGAGAGCGAUCAAAAGGGGCAAGGAAAAAGUGCUGAUGAAGUUGGUGGGCUUGGUGAUGAAAGGUACAAAGGGAAGGGCGGAUCCUUUGCUCGUGCGACGCAUGCUCCAACAAGAACUGAUGAAGAGCUAGUCGAGAUUUUCAUUCUUGAAGCUUCUUGUAAUUCGAAUAGAGCGCGCGCGCGCGCGCACGAAUUAUUCCCAAGGUUUACCCCUUUCGAUGGACAUCGGUUCGGGGUGAUGUUUCGUCAUUUUAAAUCUUUUUCAUCGUCAUCGUCGUGGAUCGUCCUGAGCGCUGUCUGGUCGAGC